CACACACACAUAUCAGUGGAAACCGCCCGGUCAGGAGCAUUUUUUAAUCCAGUGUUAUUUCUGCAUGUAGUGAAUUGUUCUGUUUUUCUGCCAUGAUGGAUGAAAUGAUUUCGCGCGGGCUUUUAUGUAUAUUGGUGUGUUCGUUGAGCUCGUCGGCGCGUGAACACAGUGAUGUGCUCAAGCUGACAGACGCGGACUUCGACUACCUCGCGCCCGAGCACGAGACCCUGCUGGUGAAGUUUUAUGCUCCAUGGUGUGGUCACUGUAAGAAACUUGCCCCAGAGUUUGAAAGUGCAGCUUCUCGACUGAAGGGAACAGUUACUUUAGCCAAGGUGGACUGUACCGCUAACACAGAGAUCUGCAAGCACUACGGUGUAAAUGGAUACCCCACACUCAAAAUAUUUCGUAAUGGGCAUGAAUCAUCUUCGUAUGAUGGGCCGCGCUCCGCUGAUGGAAUCGUGGACUAUAUGAAGAAACAGGCCGGUCCUGAUUCUGUGCUUCUGCAUAGUGAGCUUGAUCUGGAGAAAUUCAUCAAUCAUUUUGAUGCCAGUGUAGUUGGGUUGUUCUCAGGGACUGACAGCUCUCAGCUUGCUGAGUUUCUUAAAGGAGCCAGUUUAAUGAGGGAAAGUUUCCGCUUUGCCCACACCACAGACCUCCAGCUUGGACAGAAAUAUGGUGUCACACAUGAAUCCAUUCUUCUGUUCCGUGCGCCCAGACUAAGCAGUAAGUUUGAGGAGAGUGUGGUUCCUCACACAGGAUCACUGUCCGUCACUGGCCUGCGUCGCUUCAUCAGAGACAACAUUUUUGGGCUCUGUCCGCACAUGACCAAAGAUAAUAAGGAGGUACUAAGGAAGAGGGAUUUACUAACUGCUUACUAUGACUUGGAUUAUCUUCACAACCCAAAAGGCUCCAACUAUUGGAGGAACAGAGUGCUGAAGGUGGCAACUAAGUUCAGUUCUCAGGGCAUGCUGUUCUCAGUGGCGAACCGUAAUGACUUUAUGGAGGAGCUGGAGGAAGAGUUUGGUCUGAGUGCAUCAGAUGGAAAUGAGUUGCCCUUUGUCACCAUCAGGACACGAACAGGAGACAAAUACAGUAUGAGGGAGGAGUUUACACGAGAUGGCAAGUCUCUAGAGAGUUUUCUAGAAGACUAUUUUGCUGGCCGUCUCAAGCGUUACGUCAAAUCCGAGCCUGUUCCUGCCAUAAACAAUGGAGUGGUUAAGGUGGUUGUGGCAGAUACGUUUGAAGAAAUCGUCAAUGACCCAGAAAAAGACGUGCUGAUUGAGUUUUAUGCUCCAUGGUGUGGCCAUUGCAAGAAACUGGAGCCCAAAUACACAGCGCUUGGAGAAAUGCUAUACAGUGAUCCCAAUAUUGUAAUAGCCAAGAUGGAUGCGACUGUCAACGAUGUUCCUGCAGGCUAUGAUGUGCAAGGAUUUCCUACAAUAUAUUUUGCUGCUGCUGGGAGAAAGAGUGAGCCAAAACGAUAUGAGGGAGCUCGUGAAGUGAAGGAUUUUGUCAACUUCCUGAAGCGUGAAGCUACCAAACCUCUUAUUCUCAAUGGAGUCAAGGAAGAACUGUAAGUGAAGGGAAACACUUAAAGAAAAAAAUGAAGACUUUUGCAGGAUUCUGUUCAGCCAUAUACAAACAAUCAUAUCAACUGAACUGGCAGCAGUCGAUUAAUAAAACCAACUGUACAUUAUACAAUGAUCUUAUGUCUACAUGAAAGAUUGAGCUAUUUGUUUAGUUGUUAUUCAUGUUGUUUUUGGUUUGUUGUAUGCGCUUCAUAUUUCCAUUUGUAAAUCUACAUUAAUAAGAUGCUUUUACACGCCACUAUCCAUACCUCAUGUGGAGGGUAAAAUUCAUACUUCAUGCAAUAGAUUGGAUAAUUGAUUAAAACCCUUUUGUUAGGUGUCAGGUCAGGUCAGGUGUCAGGAGACGUUAUCAAUGUCUACAAAUUUUCUACUGAAUUACUAAGAAAGCACUUUUCUUUAUUCUGUAUUCUUAUAUUGUUCCUAAAAGUACAAAUUAUUGUUGCAGGUUGCCUAUGUUUGUUUAUUGACUGCUUUAGUUUGGACUUGAGACGGAUGCAGUUGACAAUGUAAAUGUCCAUUCAUGGUUUUCCCUCAUAUUGCAUUCAUUAUGAUGUAGGUAUUUUGUUUGACAUCUACAUAAAGAGCUUUGUUCAGCAAGUUUGAUACACAAUGAGCAGGCAAUGCAAAACUUUCUAAAAUAAAUUGACUUUGGUCAG